CUAUUUCCUCCCACCAUCCAUUUUCCACCAUCUCUCUCUCUCUCUCUCUCUCUCUCUCUCUCUCUCUCUCCAGAAACCUCCCCCCUAUACGUUAUCUUCUUUCGAGAUCUGAUUCUGAUCCCUUCCCUUCCUCUCUAACCCUAGAUUUCCCUCCUCCAUGGCUGUGAUUCUCCGUCCAGAUCCGCCUUCUCGCAUCCAUCCCGAGCCCCAAACCCUAGACAUCGACCACUUUGAUCGCCUCCCCGAUUCCAUCUUCCUCCUCGUCUUCAACAAGAUCGGCGACGUCAAGGCCCUCGGCCGCUGCUGCGUCGUCUCCAAGAGGUUUCAUUCCCUCGUACCUCAGGUGGAUAACGUCGUUGUCCGUGUCGAUUGCGUCAUCUCCGACGACGACUCCUCCUCCCCUUCUUCCGAUAAGCCCCGAUCUGCUGCCGCCGUUUCCGCCGGACCCUUCUCUGCCAUCUUCCGUCUCGUAUUCGGUGGCAUUGUCAAGCCGCUCCAGGCCUUGGGCCAGUUCCUUGGCACCAAGCGCUCAUGCGCCUCUGCGUCUUCCUCUUAUCUCUCUAUUAGUGGGGACGACGAUGGCGAGAUCGAACAAGGCGGCGUAACCCACCACUCUCCGACCCAGGUUUUGAAAAACUUUAACGAGAUUCGCUACCUUCGAAUCGAGCUUCCCAGCGGCGAAUUGGGGAUAGACGACGGGGUUUUGUUGAAAUGGAGGGCGGAAUUCGGUUCCACCCUCGAUAAUUGUGUGAUUCUCGGUGCUUCAUCUGUGAUCCACUCGAGCCCGGAGAAGACUUCUCAUGCCGUGGACACCGCCGUGGAUUCGAGUGGCACCGACGAUAGCGGGAGUAUACCGGAAUCGUUUUACACAAACGGAGGGCUGAAGCUGCGUGUGGUUUGGACAAUAAGCUCCUUGAUUGCUGCAUCGGCACGGCACUAUUUGCUGCAGCCGAUCAUCGCGGAGCAUAAGACGCUUGAUAGUUUAGUGCUCACCGACGCUGAUGGCCAAGGAGUGCUGUGUAUGAACAGGGACCAGCUGGAGGAGCUGAGGGUGAAACCCUUGUCGGCUUCUUCAGCUUCGAAGAGGACCCUUGUGCCGGCUCUGAACAUGAGGCUGUGGUAUGCUCCACACUUGGAAUUACCUGAUGGAACUGUAUUGAAAGGCGCCACCUUGGUGGCGAUAAGGCCGAGCGAAUCGAAGAAGGAGGUGUGUGAUGUGUCUUGGGUAUCUUCUGCGUUCGAGGAGCCCUACGGGACAGCUGCGAAGAUGCUCGUCAAGAGAAGGACUUACUGUCUGGAGAUGAACUCGUUCUAGUGGGCUAUCCAGGCGGCGCAAGAGGAUAAGUACAUAAGCUUAUGGAGAAACAGAGAAAUCGGAUGGAGAAUCAGAAAACCAGUUUUGCCUAAUUGUGACCAAAUCUUGGAUGGGUUCACCGUGGGACUAUCAACCGCUCAGGAACAUGUUUUGAUGGUCGGAAAUCUCUGCACUUUGAAGAAGCUUCUUCUACUGGUCGGGACAGCAAACUGCAUCUGCUGGCUGUUUUAUACUUUCAGGCGCACAUGCUUUUUAGGGACAGCGACAACUAGGAACGUCAUCGUAAGAUGCUCUUCUCUCAUGUAGUUUACUCAAACCCUCCUGUCUUCUUCUUCUUCUUCCGUAUGUGAAUACCGUGUAGGUACGUAUAUGAGACAUUCCCCAUCACUUUCUUACAUAAUUUUUUUUUUGUAAGUUACAAAAACCGAGACAAUGUUAGUAGCUUCUAGUCUUCAGAGUUAAAGCUUAAGCUAUGGAAAUGACUUCUUGAGAAUGUUUGGUUUCAGUUUCUUUC